CCAGACCAGCGGACCAUCAAGUACACUUAGCAGUUGCUCAGCCGGUUUGCUUGAAAAUUGCGAAAACUCGGAUUAGCUACUACGUGCAAAGGGCAUGGGCUCAGAUCUGAAGCAGCAGUAAAGUUCCAAUAAAAACCUAAGAAGAAAGCUCAGAUUGUACGCUAUUCAGGCUCACUACAAUAAGCACUAGUUAACAAUGUUUUUGUCGAAAAAAGUCGUUAUUCCUCUCCAAUGUAGAAUCUUGAAAUGCAUCGGCCAGGCUGGGUUCUCCACAAGCUCCAGGAGAGACGUCAAGUUCUAUGAAGAUGCUGAGGAGGCCGUCAAGGAUAUCCCCGAUGGCUCCAAGCUCCUUGUUGGAG